AUGUUGACUGACGAAUCACGGAAAAGAGUUAACGACACUUUUAAAGUAAAAUUACGAGAAAACCAAGAGAAAGCAAUUAAUGCUGUGUUAUUAAAUCGCGAUGUGUUCGUUGGGACCCGCACCGGGAGUGGAAAAUCGCUGGUAUAUGAAAGCAUUCCUGUCAUAAAACCAGGUAUCGUCGUCAUUGUAGCACCUCUCUUGUCAAUAAUGAGGGAACAAGUUGAGAAAUUGAACAACUUUGGACUUGCUGCCACUUACAUUGGGAAGAACGUUGAGGAAAAUGAAAAAAUAGAGGCGGGGCAAUACGAUUUCGUAGUUGGUAGCCCCGAAAGACUGAUUGGUGAGAGGCGGUGGAGAGAUAUGUUCAAGUCAGAGGAGUAUAGGAGGCGGCUACAGUUGUUAGUCGUAGAUGAGGCCCAUACACAGAAUAAUUUUUUCUGGGGAGAGGGAAGGACAGAUGAAGAUCCUUUUAGGGAGUGGUUUUCAAAGAUUCAGGAGCUGCGAUCUUUAUGCCCAAAUGUUCCUGUCCUUGCUCUUACUGCAACUGCUGGACCAACUCAGAGGAGUAAAAUUUUAAAAUGUCUAUGCUUUCGACCAGGUUAUGAACUUGUUCUUGAUUCGCCUGAUAGGAGAAAUAUUAAGAUUACUGUGAAACCAAUUAAAAAUAAUGAUACUAUAGACAAAGUUUUUGACUGGCUUAUUAAAGACUUGAGACACCACAGAGAACAGUUACCAAGACAUGUGGUCUUUUGUAAUAGUAUAAGUGACGUUACAAAGAUUUAUUUUGCAUUCAUUAAAAAUUGCAGACAAAAUAGAUCAAACUUUGAAAUGUUUCAUAGUAAAACUGAUGACGAAAUCAAAAACAAAAUUAGAGAAGAUAUGGCUACUGAAGGUCACAUUAGAAUACUUAUUUGUACUAAUGCAGCCGGAAUGGGUGUCAACUUCCACCAAGUACAUAAUGUGCACUAUGGGAUACCCAGGGAGUUGGAGACUUUCGUGCAACAAAUGGGUAGAGGUGGGAGGGAUGGAAAACCUUCACAUGAACUUGUAUUGUUUAAGGCACAUAAAGGUUACUUAAAACAUGUUGAACCAGAACUUGUUCGAAUUGUCAAAGAUAACAGUGUAUGUCGAAGAAAUAUAUCAUGCAAUGCUUUUCAGACGAAACAUUGUGAACUAACACCUUUACAUGCAUGUUGUGAUGUGUGUGAGAAAAAGUGUAAAUGCCAACUGGAUACCUGUCCAGAAUCGCAUGUUGCCAUGAAAGAUGAUGAAGAAGGAGGAUCUUCCGAAGAUGAGAUGGAGCGAAAUGUUUCAGUUGAAGAAAGACGUCUUCUGACACAAAAGUUGGAAUCCUUACAGUUUACUUUGUCUGACAAAUCAAGCGGUGGGCUUCUUAAUUCAGACUCAGGAGAUUUGUAA